AUGUCUCCGUCGCAGCCGCACUCAGGCAACUCUGACAACUUCUGGACAUAUGUUGUUGAUGGCCUGUCCACGGAAGAUGCUACUUUUUUGCAUGCCUUGGCCGUCAAGAUCUUGCUGCACAACGCCACUGGCUUUCACCGCCGUGUUGUACAUCCUUUGCAGUCAUUUCCUCACCGACUGCUGUGGUUCACCUUCUCUUCUCCCGACAAGUGCUGUGAGCGACGCAUUGCUCUCGCCAGGGAGUUGCUGAACACACCGGAUGCGUCGUUGGAAGUGAAUGCACGCAAAGUGAAGCAUCGAUUCCAGAGUGCACUGCAGAAAACGCUCAAAUCCGGACUCUGCUCCCGCAGGUUGUACUGGUUACUGAAGUGUGCAAGCAUCCUCUGGAAAUCAGACGUGAGGGAGAACGAGCGCCUCAACAAAAUGGUUGCUCUCUUACGAGAUCGAUGCCCCAACUGCAGUUUGGACCUCCGCAGUGCGCGGGUGGGCCUCAAGUACCUUCUCGGUGAGGCAGGGGAGGGGACAGGCAAAAGCUCUGCCAAGUGGUCCACAUUUCGGCCUGUUGCCGAGAGGGUGCGGCAUCAGUGCCUUGAAGUUUGGGACCAGGUGGGGCAUGUGCAGUCGGAUCCCAGCCGGUGGCACCCCAACCACCCCAAUGCUAGUCUCACUAGCGAGGAGGUGAAGAAAAUUUGCAACAAAAUGCAGCCGCACCUCAACACCACCACCCUCCGGCACAUUUGGGCAGCCAGCUACUCGGCACAGGUGCAUAAGGAGCUCGACUGCAGCGAUGAAUCUCUUCCGGUGGUCUUCGUCAUCGGGGUUAAGCAUCAGGGCCAAAGCAAAUCUUCGUUUACCUUCUGGAUUGCCGGAGAGAAGGUCCGCAACAGGUACGUAGUCUGCCCAGCCCAGCAUGCAUGCAGCCGGUUGACCUGGAGGCUGCAAAGCUCACAGCCUUUCGUUGCCGUGCUCAAGGAGCAGUACGAUGCGGUGAAGGCAGGCUCAGCCGUGAGGGUCAUGCAGUGCCACAUCACCGAGCUGGGUUGCGACGGUCCGGUGACGUCUGCCACGGUCUCCACACCAAAGCCGCUCAUCACGCUGGAGCCUCCCAAUCAAGCUUUUGUGGCACAAGCCACUGGUCGGAAGGCGGAGGCGCGUGAUGGCGGCGACGAUGAUGGUGAUGUGGACAGCGACACGGACGUUGAGUCGGGUGUCUCGGACGAGACUGCUCGUUUGCUGCAUCUUGGUGCUGCGGCAGCCUUCGAUCCAGAUGUCAUUGGCGGCGGGAAUGAUGAGCUGGAGGAGCAGUUUGAGAAUCGUCUGCGGGCAGAGGCUGACGAGGACUUGGUAACACAGCAUGAGCAGGAGGCAGUUCUACGGCAAAUGGAACGCAAAGAAUUCAACAUGGACGAUCCACAGCAGCAGCUGGAGAUUGCUGCCUUGGCAAGACAAUCUGGCAUAGAUGCCGUGGAUGCGGCCGUGGAGAUUGCAGUGGCACGGGAAGCGGGCGUCUCCGCGACAGAUUCACCCAGGUCCUCUGGUGACUCAGUCGGCAAGCAGUCAAUUGAAUAUUUGGCUAACAUUAAUAAUUGUCCAUCUAAAUAA